UCGUUGCCCACCUCCCCGGCCUCCGCACGACGGCGACCGACGGCGACGCCUGUCGAUGGGCAAACUGACAUGCAUGCAUGCAUAAUACCCUUAGCUAGCUAGGAGCCACGACCAUUAAUUUGUGGAGUAAGGUUGAAGGUGAAGCCCGAUCGGCGUCGAUCGAUGGGGAGGUACGACGGCGGGAAGGAGGCGGCGGACACGCAGCUGGGCUACCCGCUGGUGGCGGUGUGCAUCGACAAGGACAAGAACAGCCAGAACGCGCUCAAGUGGGCCAUCGACAGCAUCGUGGGCAAGGGCCAGACCAUCGUCCUCGUCCACGUCAACACCAAGGGCGUCUCCGGCGGCGUGGAGGACGCCGCCGGGUUCAAGCAGCCCACCGACCCGCACCUCAAGGACCUCUUCCUCCCGUUCCGCUGCUUCUGCACCCGCAAGGACAUCCAGUGCAAGGAUGUGGUGCUCGACGACCACGACGUCGGCAAGUCCAUCAUCGAGUUCGCCGCCCACGGCGCCGUCGAGAAGCUCGUCACCGGCGCCUGCACGCGCGGCGGCUUCGUCAGGUUCAAGGCCGACAUCCCCACCACCAUCUGCAAGGGCGCGCCGGACUUCUGCACCGUCUACGUGAUCAACAAGGGCAACAAGGUGUCGGCGCAGCGCAACUCCAUCCGCCCGGCGCCGCGCGUGUCCCCGCUCCGGUCGCAGAUCGUGAACAUGAGCGCCGCGGCGGCCGCGAAGCCCCCGGAGCCGGCCGUGCCGGUGCCGGCGAACCAGAAGUGGUCGAUGUCGUCGAGGGGCAGCGACGGGGAGACGCCGAGGGUGGAUCCCUUCAUCCGCUCGCCCUUCACGCGCGGGUCCAUGGGGCCGACGAGGAAGUCGUACGCCGACCUGAGCCACAUGUCCAUGCCGGACUCGGCCGACAUCUCCUUUGUCAGCAGCGGCGGCCGCCGGUCCACCGCGGAUGUGUCGGACAUCUCCUUCAUCAGCAGCAACGGCGGCCGCCGGAGCAUCGACUACUACCAGCAGUCCGCGCCGCGCAUGUCCAACGGCUCGUCCCUGGACAGCUACGACCACAGCUUCGAGAUGACGCCGAACAAGUGGGGUGGCGACUCCUUCACCGGCGGCGACAUGUCCUUCUCGCAGAGCAGCGCCUCCUCCUUCUGCUCCAGCGGCAUGGACGACGUGGAGGCCGAGAUGAAGCGGCUCCGUCUGGAGCUGAAGCAGACCAUGGACAUGUACAGCACCGCCUGCAAGGAGGCGCUGAACGCCAAGCAGAAGGCAAACGAGCUGCAGCGGUGGAAGGCGGAGGAGGAGCAGAAGAGGCAGGACCAGCAUAUCACGGAGGAGUCGGCGCUUCAGAUGAUCGAGCGCGAGAAGGCCAAGGCCAAGGCGGCCAUGGAGGCGGCGGAGGCGUCGCAGAGGAUCGCCGAGCUGGAGGUGCAGAAGCGGAUCAGCGCGGAGAAGAAGCUGCUCAAGGAGGCCGAGGAGCGCAAGCACCGCGGCGGCGGCGGCGGCGGCGGCGAGCUCCGGUACCGCCGGUACACCAUCGAGGAGAUCGAGCAGGCCACCGCGCACUUCGACGACGCGCGCAAGGUCGGCGAGGGCGGCUACGGGCCCGUGUACAAUGGCUACCUGGACCACACCCAGGUCGCCAUCAAGGUGCUCCGGCCGGACGCCGCGCAGGGGAGGUCGCAGUUCCAGCAGGAGGUGGAGGUGCUGAGCUGCAUCCGGCACCCCAACAUGGUGCUCCUCCUCGGCGCGUGCCCGGAGUACGGCUGCCUCGUGUACGAGUACAUGGCGAACGGCAGCCUGGACGACUGCCUCUUCCGGUGCGGCGGCGCCACCGGCGGGCCGGUCAUCCCAUGGCAGCACCGGUUCCGCAUCUGCGCCGAGAUCGCCACGGGGCUCCUCUUCCUGCACCAGAAGAAGCCGGAGCCGCUGGUGCACCGCGACCUCAAGCCCGGCAACAUCCUCCUGGACCGCAACUACGUGAGCAAGAUCAGCGACGUCGGGCUGGCGCGGCUGGUGCCGCCGACCGUCGCCGACACGGUGACGCAGUACCGGAUGACGUCGACGGCGGGGACCUUCUGCUACAUCGACCCAGAGUACCAGCAGACGGGGAUGCUGGGGGUCAAGUCGGACGUGUACUCGCUGGGCGUGAUGCUGCUGCAGAUCAUCACGGCGAAGCCGCCCAUGGGGCUGACGCACCACAUCGGGCGCGCGCUGGAGCGCGGGACGCUCGGCGAGCUGCUCGACCCGGCCGUGCCGGACUGGCCGGUGGAGGAGGCGCAGUGCCUGGCGGAGAUGGCGCUCCGCUGCUGCGAGCUGCGGCGGAAGGACCGGCCGGACCUCGGCAACGUCGUGCUCCCGGAGCUCAACCGCUUGCGCGCGCUCGGCGAGGACAACAUGCAGUUCUGCGGCGGCGCCAUCCGGGGCGGCCUCGGCGGGGGCAUGCACAGCUCGGCGUACCACAGCAACGUCACAGCGUCACGCGCCGCCGAAGAGAACAACGAUCCUUACCCGAUGAAGUCGGUGUUCAGCAGAGCGAGCGAAGCAUCCAUGCCUCCGAGAAGAACCAACGGCUGACGCAUCGUCCAUGGGCUGGCCAUGGCGUGGACGUCUUGGUGCUUGCGGGUGCAGGGCCGGGGAAGGGAGCAUCGAACAUGCAGCAAGAUGGCCUUUCAAGUCGUGUUUGAUCGUGAGUUUAAUGGUAUAAUCGUAGCUGCCUAGCAUGAGGGUUGGGGGAGCUGGAGCUGUUUUCUUGUUUACAGUGAUUAGACCAAGAUUUGUGCAAAAAUCUCCUUGUACAAGCUGUCGCUAAUACAGAACAAUGUGGCUCUGCCAUUACCGUGUACCAGACGUGGCUGUAA